AUGUUCCAGUUAUUGACCUCCUGCUGGUCUCGGCUAAAGACAACUAAAGACACACGAAGGAACGUGACCAUCCUUAUCAUUGGUUUAGACAACUCGGGCAAAACUGUUCUUGUGGAGGUGUUUCAAAGAUUGCUUCCCAGUAAGAUAAACGAUUGUAUGAAAUCGGAACUGACUACACUCCUGUUAGAUGAGUAUGAAGUUACCAUCUACGACCUGAAGGGAGACCUGAAGGGCCAAGAAACUUGGCAAAACUAUUAUGCACAGGCACAUGGGUUUGUUUUUGUCCUGGAUUCCAGCGACUUAGGGCGCAUGCAGGAAGCAAGGAUCAUCUUAACACGUCUGCUGUCUGAUAAAAGAGUGACAGGAAAACCCAUCUUACUCCUAGCAAACAAACAAGACAAGAAGAAAGCCCUGUUGCCUUGUGAUAUUGUCAAAUAUCUACUUCUGGAAAGACUGGUGAAUAAAUGCCUGUGCCGAGUGGAGCCAUGUUCAGCCAUCAAAAACCUUGAGAGGAAGAACCAUCAGUCCCUAAUUGAUGGACUGCACUGGCUAUUAGCCGCCAUUGAGGAUGAACACGGACAAGUGUAUACUCGCCAACAGCCACUUACCUCAAACAUCUCAACCUCCAAGAAUACCAGAGGCUCUAGAGAAAGAUACUUAUCAGACUGCUUCUCUACCACAGCAAGAACAUCCAAAGAGAAACAACAUGUAGGACAACACUCAAUGGAAGCUAGGCCCCUAAAGUCAAUCCUACAAAAAGAAGGUUUAAGGCCUAAAAAGAACAAAUCAGUAACGUUUGCUUUAGAUGAACCCAUGGAGAAAGAUGAAUGUUCUGAGGAAAAUGGAGCUCAGAAUACUACUGAGCUUCACUACAAUCAAAGUGAUGAAUUACAGAAUCAAGCUCCAUAUGGUGAUGAUACUCUUUCUGAAGAAUCCAGGCCCAAAAAGAGAAUGAAUCCUUGGGACACAGAGGAGAUAUUACUAGAAAAUCCCUGUGAAGAAGCCUUUGGCUCCCAUGACUAUUAA